UGGCCGCUGUUGUAUUUUGACGUAUAAUAGCUAGCUACUUUUCUUUUUGUUUCAUUCUUGGUAGAAAACCAGCAAACAGCAGACUUUUUGGGGGAACUAUAUUUCGCCAUCCUCCGAAUAUCGGUGUCGUUUUUUAUCUUGAAGACAAUCAAAAGCCUGACACAUAUAUUUGUUGAACGAGUUAGACUAUGCAUAUUUAGAUCUAAUACAAGCUAGCUAGCUGGCUCUGGCUGGCAUAUUAAAGCAUUAGAAAGUGAAAUAGCUAGCUGUCUUAGCUGGGAUGAUGGAGGAGUUGAGCGCAGAUGAGAUUCGCAGGAGGAGAUUGGCACGAUUGGCAGGAGGACAAACGUCCCAGCCUAGCACCCCUCUCAGCACACCCCUGACAUCCCCACAGAGAGAGACUCCACCUGGACCCCUCCCUGGACCCUCAGGUGCUGCACCCCAACCCGUGCCACCAGCUGCCUCUCAAUCACUGGGCCUCAAUGUCCACAGUGGUACCCCUGCCACAUCCCCUAUGGGCACCUCUGGGGUCGCUUAUGGUAGUCAGAGCAGCGAGGGUGUGAGCUCACUCUCCAGCUCCCCCUCCAACAGCCUUGAGACUCAGUCCCAGAGUUUGUCCCGAUCGCAGAGCAUGGAUAUCGACCCUGCCUCCUGUGAAAAGAGCAUGUCCCAGGUGGAUGUGGACUCAGGGAUAGAGAACAUGGAGGUGGAGGACAGUGAUCGCAGGGAGAAGAGAAACUUGACUGAAAAGGAAACUUCUGCAAACUCAGAUGUCUCUGAAGAACAGGCCCUGCAGCUCAUUUGCAAGAUUCUCCGCGUAUCGUGGAAGGAGCAGGAUAGAGAUGUCAUCUUUCUCCCUUCACUGGCUGCAGAGUUUCACCAGAACCCUAAAGAAGUAUACUCUGACUUCAAAGACCUCAUCAGCCAGAUCCUGAUGGAAGUCUUAAUGAUGUCCACCCAGUCACGUGUCCACAACCCCUUCGCCAGCUUGACGGCCACCUCACAGCCAAUUGCAGCAGCCAAAUCCCCUGACCAUCGUCUGACACUGGUGCAGCCCUCCAGCCAAGGUGGAAGCCCAAUGGGCCCUAGCGCUGGAUCCUUUGGAGCCAGCUCUCUGUCCAGUCUGUAUGGCUGUGGUAGUCCUCACCCAGUGGCUUUGGAUGCAGCCAAGAGGACCUCCCCCUCUCUCCUCACCCCUACUACACCGUCUACCCCACAGUUCCUUGUUCCCCCCAGCCCACCUGCUUCCACUCCUCCACGGCACUCCCUCAGUGCUCCAUCUGCCCCAGUGCCCAUUUCCCAAAGGUAUCGCCCUUACUCGGUCACCACUCCCUGGGUGGCUCCUUCCCCGACAAGCCCGGGUCACAGAGGGUUUAGUUUCCCUGGACCCUCUCCCAGCCCUGCAGGACCCUCCGUUCCCCCCAACACUCCAGUUUCUGUGCCACCACCUUGCCCCCAGUCUUUAUCCUUGAGCUCACCUAUGGGUCACAACCAACCCUCCUCUGCAACCUCUCCUAUGGUGCCUCCUUCUCCCAGACUGAACACUCGACAGGCUGCCUUUGCUGCCAGGAUGCCUCCAUCUAGGUAUCUAAACUUUACUAGCACUUUAACAUUUCUGUGGUUAUGUGCAUCAUCCUCCUUUCUUCCAGUCUUUCUCUCAUUUCACCUGUUUUUCUCUCGUCCUGUCAGCCCCUUUUCGUUCCUGUUUUUUGCCCUCUCUGACAUAUCUCAGGACAGCGAUGAUGAAGAUUCUGAGGAGGAGCAGGAGGAGGAUAUUUCACAGGUUCAAUUUGGGUCCAGUCUUGGGGCAUGUGGAGGGGGGAUGUCCUGCGAAUCAGCCAGCGACCGCUUCACCAUUGAAACAUGCAAAGAGACAGAGAUGCUGAACUACCUCAUUGAGCGUUUUGACAGUGUUGGCAUGGAGGAGAGGAAAGCUCCCAAGAUGUGUAGCCAACCAAAUGUCAGCCAGCUUCUCAGUAACAUUCGCUCUCAGUGUAUUUCCCAUGUUGCCCUGGUCCUUCAAGGCGCUCUGACCCAGCCUCGGAGCCCUCUCCAACAGUCUCUGCUGGUACCUUACAUGCUGUGUCGGAACCUUCCAUAUGGCUUUAUUCAGGAGCUGGUGCGCAUUACUCACCAGGAGGAUGAAGUAUUCAGACAGAUCUUCAUCCCUAUCCUCCACGGCCUGGCUCUUGCGGUCAAAGAAUGUUCCUUUGACAGUGACAACUUUAAAUUUCCCCUCAUGGCAUUAGCUGAGCUUUGUGAAAUUAAGUUUGGAAAGACUCACCCGGUGUGCAAUUUGGUAACAUCACUGCCUUUGUGGUGUCCCAAACCUCUGAGCCCUGGAUGUGGCAGAGAGAUUCAGAGACUGUCCUACCUGGGAGCCUUUUUCGGCCUCUCUGUGUUCGCUGAGGAUGAUACAAAAGUUGGAGACAAAUACUUCUCCGGCCCGGCCAUCACCAUGGAGAACACACGAGUCGUCAGCCAGUCACUGCAGCACUACCUGGAGUCUGCAAGGGGUGACAUGUUCAAAGUUCUCCACAACAUCCUGCUAAACAGUGAAACGCGGGAGUUGGCUCUUAAUUACAUGGCAGCUCUAGUCAACUACAAUGUGAAGAAAGCCCAGAUGCAGACUGAUGACAAGCUGGUUUCAACAGACGGUUUCAUGCUUAACUUCUUAUGGGUGCUGCAACAGCUGAGCAUGAAGAUCAAGUUAGAGACAGUGGAUCCCUACUAUAUUUUCCAUCCACGGUGUCGCCUUGUCGUCAGUCUUGAGGAAACGCGUCUCAAAGCCACCAUGGAUGAGCUCAAGGCCUGGCUGUCUGAACUACAUAAAGACCCCGCCAAGUUCACAGAACCCAAAUUUCCUACCGAGUGUUUCUUUUUGACGCUUCACACCCACCACUUAUCCAUCCUGCCUGGCUGCCGGCGCUACAUCCGGAGAUUACGAGCCAUCCGCGAACUCAACAGGACUGUAGAGGAGCUCAAAAACAGUGAGAGCCAGUGGAAAGAUUCUCCCCUGGCGAGUCGACACAGAGAGAUGCUCAAACGCUGCAAAACUCAGCUUAAGAAACUGGUGCGAGCCAAAGCUUGUGCUGAUGUGGGCCUUCUGGAUGAGAACCUGCUCCGCAGAUGUCUGCAGUUUUACAGCACAGUCAUCCAGCUCAUUCUUCGCAUGGUGGACCCCACCUACCCCAACAUUAACCUGCCUCUGAACCCCGAGAUUCCCAAAAGCUUUGCUGCUCUGCCUGAGUUUUACAUUGAAGAUGUGGCAGAGUUUCUGCUUUUUGUUGUGCAGUACUCACCCCAGGUUUUAUAUGAGCCAUGUGUCCAGGACAUUGUCACCUUCUUGGUGGUGUUCAUCUGCAGUCAGAACUACAUCAGGAACCCCUACCUUAUCGCUAAGUUGGUGGAGGUGCUAUUCGUCACCAACCCCGCUGUUCAGCCUCGUACUCAGCGAUUCUCUGAAAUGAUGGAGAACCACCCGUUGUCCGUCAAACACCUGGUCCCUGCUCUCAUGAAGUUUUACACUGAUGUUGAGCAUACCGGUGCUACCAGUGAGUUUUACGAUAAGUUCACUAUACGGUACCAUAUCAGCACGAUCUUCAAGAGCCUCUGGCAAAACAUUGCCCACCAUGGAACCUUCAUGGAGGAGUUCAACUCUGGCAAGCAGUUUGUGCGCUACAUCAACAUGCUGAUUAAUGACACCACCUUCUUGUUAGAUGAGAGCCUUGAAUCCCUGAAGCGUAUUCAUGAAGUUCAAGAGGAGAUGAAGAAUAAAGAGCAGUGGGAGCAGCUGCCAAGGGAGCAGCAGCAGAGUCGUCAGUCCCAGCUGACUCAGGAUGAGCGGGUGUCCCGCUCCUAUCUGGCCCUGGCUACCGAAACAGUUGAAAUGUUCCACAUCCUCACCAAGCAGGUCCAGAAGCCUUUCCUAAGGCCUGAGCUGGGGCCUCGUUUAGCUGCCAUGCUGAACUUUAACCUCCAGCAGCUGUGCGGGCCCAAGUGUCGGGACCUGAAGGUGGAGAACCCAGAGAAGUAUGGCUUUGAGCCCAAGAAACUCCUAGACCAGCUGACAGACAUCUACCUGCAGCUAGACUGUGCUCGCUUUGCUAAAGCUAUAGCAGAUGACCAGAGGUCAUACAGCCGUGAACUCUUUGAGGAGGUGAUCUCAAAGAUGAGGAAGGCUGGCAUUAAGUCCUCAAUUGCCAUUGAGAAAUUCAAGCUGCUAUCGGAGAAGGUGGAGGAAAUAGUCGCCAAGAACUCCCAGUCUGAAAUGGACUACAGUGAUGCACCGGAUGAGUUCAAAGACCCUCUGAUGGACACGCUGAUGACCGACCCUGUGAUGCUGCCUUCGGGGAACAUCAUGGACAGAUCCAUCAUCUUACGCCACCUGCUCAACUCCCCCACUGAUCCCUUCAACAGGCAGCCACUCACAGAGAACAUGCUGGAGUCAGUGCCUGAACUGAAGGAGAGGAUCCACACCUGGAUGAGGGAGAAACAGGGUGGACGGGGCGUCUAAGGACUACGUCACUGAUGUCUGGCUAAUCAUCAUUAAGGGAUCUGUCCAAAUCACCUGAAUUCAGCAUCACUACUACCAAUGAGAACAAAAAAAACAAACAUUUUGAAUGGAGAGGAAAAAAAGGAGACUUGAUUUGAUAAUUUUUGUUGUUUUUUUUUUUGGUUUUUUUUUGCAUUUACCCUUUUUGUCUCAAACCAUUAUCAUGGUUCUAAAACAAAACAUAAUAAAGCUAAGACUUUUAAGUUUUUCUCAUGAGUUUGUGUAUAUAUAUAUACAUAUAUAUAUAAAAAAUAUAUAUAUCAAAGUAUAUACAUUAAUUUAACAAUAGUGCAUUAUAAAGCUGCAGAAACCAUUACCAACAGGUUUACCUGCGAGGUGCAUACAGUCUCUUCAUUGAUCACCUUCCUUUACGGUUCUCAUUUUGUUUGGUAUUACUGAGUCUGGUUGGGUUCUGAUAAAACUGUUAGCCUCAAGUUUUCUUUAUCAAGACUUGUGACGGUAAUGAGUUUGAGUCCACGUAAUGUUUAAUGGUGUCCCAGAGAUAACUUAUGCACAGUUUGUGCUUGUAGAAGAGGUUCAGGAUUGGGAAUACCCUAAACUAAUCCUCAGUAUCAGCUUUUGUUUUGAGUACAGUAGGAAGAUGAGCUGUGGCUCACAAUGAUAAAGUGUGCCCAAAUUUUCCUUCUCGGUCACGUUUUCCCCGCUGACUUUGAUAGAUUGAAUUUACUUGUGUGUGUGUGUGUGUGUGUGUGUGUGUGUGUGUGUGUGUGUGUGUACGGGUGUGUGUACGGCCUUAAGUCAAGAACCUCCUGAGCGCCACAUGGACAUGUAAUCCCCAUUUUAGGUCGAGUGGAAGGACCGUGAGAAUGUAGCAUGAUCACCUCAAGCACCAUCCUAGGAGCACACCAUUAAGUCAUCUCACCUUAAAAUGGUCUCUUUCAAAUAGCACUGUACCUAACUUGACCUUGCUGACCUUAACUGUACAGGAAAUUAUUUCCUUUAACCACAUACCUGUUUUGGAAGCUAGGAUUUUGAACUCAAAUAAAUGAUGAUGCACAUUA